UUGCACAGCUCAACCACUCAAGAAUUAACUCUUUCUGAACCCGCUUCAACUUAUCCUGCAGAAUGAACUUGUUUACCUGCAAGGUUGUACUCGCAUCUGGCGGAGUGUCAACUAACAUUCCAAUUCCUGGUGACAACUUCCCUGUCGCCAAGGAGCUCGCUGCGUCUUUUCUGGAUGGCGGUCCUCCUGCUGUUUCCACGGAAAUCGAACUCGUCGCACUCUUUUUGGCGUACUGCAGCUCCCGUAGCCCCGAUGUUGCCGUCGCCGUAUUUCUUCACUUCCACCAAGAAUUCUGUGCCGAUGAGAACAUCCAUGUGGUUGUCCAGCAGCUGAACCUGUCUGCUGAGCAAGCGCGAACCGUCCUGAAGGGGUAUUACUCGGUUUGGAACACCCUUGAGGCGCGUCAGUUGCUGCCCGAAGUCCCUGUUCCCGCUAUCUUUUCCGAUGCAAACAUCAGACUUGCCGCUAUGUUUGGUAGUCCAGGCGGAGCAGACAGCUACGUUGACGAAGCAGCAUGGCUUCUCGAUGUUUAUGGCCCGCUGCUGUCAGACUUUGUCACUCAUAUGUCUGACUUCCUCAAGCGCGAAUCCGCUGACCCCCUAUUGGCGAAAGCCCAUUCACGUCCACUGGACAUUGCUGGCUGGCUUGCUUCUCCCGAUGCAAUGCCUGACGCCAAGUAUCUGCUGACUGCGCCAGUCAUUACGCCCAUGCUAGGACUGAUUCAGGCGAUGCAUGUGGCUGUCUUGUAUAAGACGCUCAAUAUGAGCCCUGGCGACCUCGUCUCACGCUUUAAAGUUGCAAUUGGACACAGCCAGGGUCUAACCAUGGCUGCUGCCUUUGCUUCCGUGACUGUCGAGGCAUCAUUCUAUGUUGCUACCGAGAAGGUGCUCGGUAUUCUUCUUGCAACAUCCGCGAUUGUCCAGCAGAAUUUCUCGUCAAACCCUUCACAUGCAGGUGCACCGGGAUUUUUGCUGCGUACUGAUGGCUUACCCGUGCCAAUGGUUUCUGUUCGUGGUCUAGCCCAAGAAACGCUAGAGUCGUUCAUUGCUGCGUUUAAUGGGGACUGCAUGGACGAGGAUUCGGAAGUCAGCCUGGCCCUAAUCAACGGUCGCUCGACCUUUGUUGUUGCAGGCAAAACGGAUGCCGUUACAUACUUUGCUAGGCACCUUAGAAAACACACUGUGCCGCCAACAGAGGAUCAAUCGCGCGUCCGGUUCUCCCAGCGCAAGCCAGUAGCCGAUAUCAGCCCACUGAGCAUGUCGGUACCAACCCACUGCAAACUUCAGCUAGAUAUUGCACCAAUUGUGUACGAGUUUGUGACUGCCAAGGGCUGGAUUCUCAAUCCUGACACUCUUCGUACUCAAGUCAACGCUGUCGUGGACGGACAUGACCUUCGUGAUGAAGUAGACCUUACCAGGUUCUUGAUCGACAGUAUGUGCGUGUACCGUGUUGACUGGCCAACAGCUGUCAACAGCGCCGAUGCCACAUUCAUCGUCGACUUCAGCCCAGGGACUUUCAGUACAUUCGGCAAACUCGCCAGAGACAUUCUAGACGGCUACGGCAAAACCAUCAUCAGCACCAGCUCGCCUACUCCAUGCACCGAGUCGCGCAUGGGAUCCAAGGCCGAUUUGUUCAAACUGAAUAUCUCUGACGUCUUCACAGUGCCAAGCUGGGAGAGUGCUUUCAGUCCAUGCCUUGUUCGAGCCGCACAUGACGGUCUGCUUCAUAUUUGCACCCGCAUGUCACUCGCUCUUGGACUCCCGCCUGUGAUGGUUGCAGGGAUGACCCCGACUACGUCCAACGAGCACUUUGUCGCAGCCAUAAGCAAUGCUGGAUACCAUGUCGAGUUUGGUGGUGGUGGGAUCUACACUGAAAAAGUGUUCAGGGAAAGGGUCGACAAUCUGGUUCAGUUCCUUGAGCCAGGUAACGGAUUCGCUGUCAACACGGUCUACAUGGAUCGGAAGCAGUGGGUGUUCCAGUAUCCCAGUAUCCUGCGUAUGCGGCGGGAAGGUGUGCCGAUCACAGGGCUCUGUAUUGGUGGUGGUGUUCCCUCAGUUGACGUUGCCAACAGUAUAAUCGAGGAGUUGCGUGACGCGGGCAUACGUCAUGUUGCCUUUAAGCCCGGGUCAGUGGCUACAAUUCUCCAGGCGAUUGCAAUUGCCAGAGCAAACCCUGACUUCCCCAUCAUUAUCCAGUGGACUGGCGGCCGUGCUGGUGGCCACCAUUCGUGUGAAGACUUCCAUGAGCCAAUGUUGGAAACGUACAGUAAGAUCCGGUCUCUGCCGAACACCAUCCUGGUCGUUGGGUCUGGGUUUGGUGACACGGACGGCAUUCUGCCAUAUCUCUCCGGCCAGUGGAGUGUCCAGUUUGGAUAUGCACCCAUGCCUGUUGAUGGAGUAUUGUUAGCUUCAUGCGUCCUCACUGCAAAAGAGAGUGCCAUAUCUCUGGAAGCAAAGGAGCUCAUUGCGGCAGCUACUGGCGUUGAGGACAGCGAGUGGGAAUUGUCAUACACUGGUAAUGCUGGUGGAGUGAUAUCAGCAAUGUCAGGAUAUGGUGAGAUCGCCCAUUGUGUGGCUAAUCGCGCUGCACUGGCUCUCAGAGAGUUGAAUGACAUGAUCUUCACGAAGCCAUAUGCUGAACAGCUGCCAAUAAUCAUGGCAAACAAGGACCGUAUCAUCAAGUGGCUCAAUGAGGACUAUACACGGCCAUGGUUUGGCAUGAAGUCCGAUGGUCGAGUGGUCGAUUUGGAGGAGAUGACGUACCUGGAAGUGCUCAACCGACUCGUGGAGUUCAUGUAUGUCGCAGACAAAUCCAGGUGGCUGGAUGUGUCGUAUGUCAGGCUGUUUGGUGAAUUUAUUUCAAGAGCCGAGGACCGUGUUUCCAAGAUAGAAAGCCGACGCGUAUUCCAACGCUUCGUCCAACUUCAAGACCCGCAUGUGAUUAUCAACCUGGCGAUUAAGGCAUUCCCAGAUAUCGGCCACACUCUUCUUGCGCUUGAGGAUGUCCAGUAUCUGGUCUGGCUUUGCAAGCGGUCUGGAACCAAGCCAGUUCCAUUCGUUCCUAUCCUCGACGCCGACCUGCAUGUUUGGAUGACGAAAGACAUCAAUUCACAAGCCGAGGAUUUGGAUACAGUUGUUGACAGAGAUGUCCAGCGCACUGUUAUUGCCUUGGGCCCUGUGUCUGCGAAGUAUGCCACCACAGUCAACGAACCGGUCAAGGAUAUACUCGACCGUGUUUACACCGGGCUAACGGAAAAGCUUAGCAUGUGCAAUUUCGAUAAGGAUGCAUCUCUAGUCCGUCCUUGCGAGUACCUUGCACCAGAGCCUUUUCCAGUAUCGCUCCCUACCUCAGUUGCAGUGGCUGUUGAUGAGUCAAGCCGCACAUACAAGCUCCCAACUGAUGCAGCACUGCUUCCAGAUCCUGAUGUAUGGCUGGAGGCAUUGGCAGGUCCUACUCAGAGCUGGCUUCGUGCACUUCUCACAUCGCCAGUGGUGGUUCGCAAAUCACUGUACGCUGCAAAUCCAAUAAGGCAGGUUCUGCGACCAAUGGCAGGGCAAACAGCAGAGGCGUCAUUUGAUGCCAAUAAGCCGGUCAAGCUCGAUAUCCAUGGACCAACUGGGGUAUUGGACAUUCGCAUACAGCUCCAUGGUGAAAAGAAUAUUCUGAUGAUUAUUUACCAUCGGAUUGGCGAAGAGCAGUUUGAGAUCCAAUUCCCGUACAUCUACACGCCAUCCAAAUCGGCGGUGCUUAUUGCUGAAGAUACGCAUGGUCGGGAUAUAGCGUACUGUAGGUCAAUACUGAGUAUGCAUGGCAUCACAAGCGACCCUGGUUACAUCGUGUGUGAUGAUAUAGAACAGCACUUUACAGAUGCUGUGCUUAAGCCAUUCACUGUUACUGAAGACUUUGUUCGGAAGUACUGCUCUAGUGUUCACAACGCAUCAGAGUAUUACAAAAGGGCAGCCAGUGGAUCGUCUAUGGCUCCAAUUGACAUAUUCUUCAGCAUUACAAUCAAGCAGCUGACAUCUAUCUUAACUGGCCUGCCUUUGAACCAGGGGAUGAUGGGAAUUCUGCAUCUCUAUCACAACACAGAGUACGAAUCAGGUGUGUCUCCACUGCAUGUGGGAGAUACAAUUUACUACCAGAUGGUGCUGACCGCACUCGAGAAUGUUGAUCCUGGCCUAAGAAUGACAUUCACAUCAAGGUUUUACCGCGAUGGACUCCUCAUUGCUGCAUCUGAAGAUAUGAUUGUCUCACCUAACCAAUAUGUGGCAUACAAACAGGCUUUCAGACUGACUGAUGAACCUGUGCGACACAUGCUGAUCUUAUCGGAUGAGAAGGCCACUGUACUUGAAGCCAAAGAAUGGUUUACGUACAAGGAUACACUGGAGCCAGUAAAAGCCGCACCUGGGGAAGUCCUGGAGUUCAGGCUCCAAUCGUGUUACCGUUUCAAAUCAAAGGGGCUGAUUUCGCAUAUCAAAACCUAUGGACCUGUAUAUCGGUUGAAACCAUACGGAGAGCUCGAACAUAUUGCCGACGUUUACUUUGAGACUACUGAUGUAUAUGGUAACCAAGUAGUCGACUAUCUCAAUCAGAACCAACACGUAGCCAGUGAUUCGGUACGUUUUGAGCACGGUGGCGUCCCAAUCCGAUAUGCAGGGAAUGUUGAUGCCAUGUCUAUCAAAGCGCCAUCUGAAAAUUGGGAGUUUGCUCAUGCUUCUGGCGAUCAGAACAUGCUCCAUACAAACCCCUAUGUGGUUGCAUACAUCGGAGAAUCGGAGGUGAUUUGCCACGGCAUGUGGACCUCAGCUGCAACCCGCGCUGUUGUUGAGAGCAUUGUUGCUGAUAACGAUCCUAGGCGUAUGCGCUCAUACGAGGUCAACUUUAUCGGAAAAGUUUAUCCCAGCAAUGACCUUCAAGUAGAACUGGUUCACACGGGAAUGGCCAGUGGUUACAUGGUCAUCAAUGGCAAGACUGUAAACCAGAACCGGGAAACAGUGAUGGCACUCACAGCAGAGGUUGCCCAGGCAAAGACCGCAUAUGUAUUUACAGGCCAGGGAUCACAGUUCGUCGGCAUGGGGAUGGAUCUCUACGUAUCGUCCACUGCUGCCAGAGAUGUGUGGGACCGAGCUGAUAAGCACAUGCUGAAUAAGUAUGGCGUUUCUCUUUUGAAAAUUGUCCAAGAGAAUCCGAGAGAGUAUUUGGUUAAGUUUGGGGGCAAAAAGGGUAAUCAGAUUCGCGCACAAUACCUCUCCUUGGUACGUGAAUUUGACAGCGAUAUUGUGCAGUUGAUCCCAGGGAUCACGCAAACAUCUACAUCAUACACGCACCGGUAUGCAAAUGGCCUGCUCAAUGCAACACUGUUCACACAGCCGAUCCAGACGGUGAUGUCGUUGGCUCAGGCUGCGGACAUGCGUGCUCAUGGUCUUAUCCAGGAUGAUGCCAUUUUCGCUGGCCAUUCGCUUGGCGAGAUUGGGUCACUUGCUGCAAUUGCUGAGAUUGUUUCCGUCGAGGAUGCUGUGGACAUUGCUCUCUAUCGUGGACUGCUUCUCCAUAUGUCAGUAGAUCGCGACAUCAAUGGCUGCUCCGAGUAUGCGAUGGUAUCAGUCAGCCCUCAGCGUGCUGGGAAGCUCUUUGGAAUAUCUAACCUUCUCCGACUUGUUGAUCUUAUUUGCGAAAGAAAGCAGCAGCUCCUGGAAGUGAUCAACUACAACGUCCGUGGGCAACAGUAUAUAGUCACGGGACAUAUCGAGAGCUUAACUGCCAUGUGCAGGAUUAUAGACCGACUGUCUGCAGAGAGCAUUACGCUUGCUGAAAUUGAAGAAGGCGAAGAAAUAACAAAGACUAUCGACGGUAUUUUGAAUGAACAUCCUCAUACACGGGUAUUGCAAACUGGCAACGCAACUAUUGCAAUUCCUGGAAUCGAUGCCCCUUCACAUUCAAGCCAGCUAGCAGCAAGUAUCAGCACAUUCCGCAGGGUACUCGACAGCAGAAUUCCUCAUAUAAAGAGGCUUACUUCAUUGCUGUGUGGAAGAUACAUCCCCAAUCUGACCGGAGAACCCUUUGAAAUCACAAAGGAAUAUUUCGAUCGUGUUUAUUCCAUCACCCACUCACCAGUUAUUGAAGAUAUACUCCAAUACCGGGAAACAGAUGGUACCGAUACACUUGGUAACCAGGUAUACCUUGCGCGUACGCUUCUGAUUGAGCUCCUUUCAUUCCAGCUUUCCUCACCAGUAAAAUGGAUUGAAACCCAAGAUUCGAUGUUCAAAAGCUGCUCGGUGAAGCGUCUGGUCGAGAUUGGCCCAAGGCCAAUAUUAUGUCGUAUGGCAACACAAACUCUGGGUAGCAACAGCUGGCUCUGCGAAGAAGUCGCUAUUCUACAUGCAAGCAAGGAUAGAGAUGAUGUAUAUUAUACAGCGUCUCAGACCGAGUAUGCUGAUAUAAAUACUGACCCUUUGUCGCUGAGGUCAGGUCAGAGCACAAGCAGCAAACCAACUAAGCAAGAAGGAGCACCCAAACCCCCUGGCCCUGCUGUGGAAGAGCAAGCGGCCUUGCAUCCAGUCCUGCCAGCUGCUACAUGCUCUGUUGAUGACGUGCCAAUUCCAAUUAUUGAUAUUCUACGAGCAACAAUUUCAUGGAAGCUCUCCACAGCAAUCGCUAAAGUGUAUCCCACGAUGUCGAUCAAGGAGCUUGUUGCUGGGAAGUCAAUGGUGCAAAAUGAGCUUUUCGGAGAUUUCCAAAAGGAAUUUGGCAAGGGCCUACCUGAACAUGCCGAAGAGCAAACCUUGGAGGAACUUGCCAAAGUCCUUGGGAACUCUACAAAUUCUCUUGGUAAACACUCUCAGUCGCUUAUCAACAGGAUUUUUGUUGAGAAGCUUCCGAAUGGGUUCACACAGUCAGUUGCUCGUUCGUAUUUGAAGGACAACUAUGGCCUGGGUCCACGCAGACAGGAUGCUCUACUGCUCAUGUCAGUUACAAUGGAGCCCUCCUGCCGGCUUGCAGAUGAAGAGGCAGCCCAAGUCUGGUUGGAGUCAGCAGCCCAGAUGUAUGCCAGCCAUGUGGGUCUAUCACUGACAGCCACAGCACAAAAUGGAAAUAGAAAUGGUGCUAUGGCGGCCUCCGCUGUUAUUAACAGCGCUGAAUUUGACAAGGCUCAGAAGAACCAAAGAAACCUCAUUCUUGACCAGAUUGAGACGCUUACUAAGCAUGUGGGUCUCGAUACGCGCCAAGGUACUAGAUCAGCAGAAAAGCUGCAGCUGGAGGUAGCAGUUCUCAAGUCAGAGAAUGACAAAGUUAAGCGUGAAUUCGGCAGCGGGUUGAUAGAUAAAACCAACACCCUGUUUGACGCAAACAAGGCUCGUCACUUUGACUCCUACUGGAACUGGGCUCGUCAGGAUGUACUGGAAUGGAUCUCUGGCAUUCUGAGCGGAGAGGACUCAAGCAUGGACCGUGCCACGUAUAUGAAACGUGUUCAUAUGCUCAAGAACCGGUCCAACCCCGGACUGCUCUCAAUGCUACAGGCAUUUAUUGGGACUCUCAAAGCAGACCUGUGUCCGUUUGCCAGCCGUGCACUGAAGCAAACGGAGAUUAUCUAUGCAGCGUGUAGGGAGUCAGAAAAUGUGUCUCCUGUCUACAAAGAGCUUUCGACCCCACUGCGUCCUCAUACAGAGAUCACGUUCAGAGGUGAUAUCGACAGCUGUGAGCUUCCCAGAGAGGGGGAGCAAUCGAUAGGUGACUACAUUCAACACAUGAAAUGUGCCAGCAAGGAUGGGUUACCUCUCCUGUAUAUGUAUGGUCGACAGGCUGGAAACGCCUGGUCAUAUAGCAAGGAAAUUUCUGAUGAAUACUUCAGUUCGAUGGAGGACGCAGCGGUUAACGGUAUAUCUUUUGAGGGCAAAUGUGCACUGGUUACCGGGUGUGGAAAGGGGUCCAUUGGCUCAGGAUUGGUUGAGGGCUUGCUAUCCGGUGGAGCCAAAGUGGUUGCUACAACGUCCAACUAUUCCCUUGCCUCGAUCCGAUCCUUCGAAGAGAUGUACCGGAAGUUUGGUUCCCGCGGAUCUGAGCUGGUUCUUGUCCCCUUCAACCAGGCAUCAUCAUGUGAUGUAGAGGCCCUCAUCCAGUAUAUCUACGGCAAAGAUGGACUUGGCUGGGAUUUGGACUACAUUGCUCCAUUUGCUGCUUUCCCAGAACAUGGCAAAGAUGCAGGGAGUGUCGACUCUUAUUCUGAGUUAACACUCCGUACCCUUCUAACUAAUCUGUUCCGGAUGAUAGGACAGGUUAAAGCAGCUAAAGUAAGAACUGGAAAUACUCUCCACCCAUCGCUACUUGUUUUGCCACAUUCAUCCAAUCAUGGAAUAGCAGGAAAUGACGGUAUGUAUGGUGAAACAAAGGCAGCUUUGCAUACGCUGUACAACCGCUGGCACACAGAAUCAUGGUCAGAGUACAUUUCAAUCACUGGUGGUGAAAUUGGAUGGACCCGCAGCACGAAACUGACAUCUGGAAGUGCAAAUGUGUAUGCAGCCAUGGAGGAAAUGGGCAUGCGUACGUUCUCUCGUGAGGAAAUGUCGUUCAACAUACUUUGCCUGCUAUCACAAGGGAUGGAAGAGACAGCGCACGACAAUCCUGUGUUUGGCAACUUCAAUGGUGGGUCAUAUUCUAUUGAGACAGUGGGCAAGGAGCUAUCGAAGCGGCGCUCAAUGCUGAUAGAAACUGCCAGAUUAAGGAAAGCCGCGCACUCGGAUGUGUGUGCAGUGUAUUUCACUGAGCAGAAAGAGGAUUCUGUGACACUGUCAUUUGUAAACAAGACGAUACCACGUGCUCAACACAGGGUUGACUCCCCGGCUGUAAAAGAAUACGAGCAACUCGACCACCUUAGAUACCUGGAGGGCAUGGUUGACUUGGAUAAGGUCGUGGUUGUGACAGGAUUCGGUGAAGUUGGUCCAUUUGGGAAUGCAGCCUUGCGCUGGGAGCAGGAGGCAUAUGGUAUGUUCUCGAUGGAAGGCUGCAUUGAGCUGGCAUGGAUGAUGGGGCUGAUCAAAAGGUUCUCUGGCGAUCAUCCAGGAACAGGGAGCCACUAUACUGGCUGGGUUGACGCAAAGACACAAGAGCCAGUGCACGAUAUGGAAAUGAGGGCAAAGUACGAGCCAUAUAUCUUGGAACAUACCGGCAUUCGUCUUGUUGAACCAGAAAUUUGGGGUGAGAAGGAUGUUGAUAUGAAGUCCUUCAUCCGUGAACUUCAGAUCGAUCAGGACAUGCCUCCUUUCGAGACCAGUGCAGAGGAGGCUCUUCAUUUCAAACAGAGAAAUGGCGACAAGGUUGACACAUGGGAGAACCCUGAUGGAACGUGGUCGGUCAGACUUCUUAAAGGCACUGUUAUCCAUGUGCCAAAAGCAAUCGAUAUUGGACACACUGUUCUUUCUCAAACACCGACCGGGUGGGAUCCAGUUCGGCUAGGAAUACCAGAGGAUCUCGCACUGAAUAUGGAUGAUGCGAACCACUAUACCCUUAUUGCUACAAUGGAGGCGCUCGUCAGAUCUGGCAUUACAGAUCCGUAUGAACUCUACCAGUAUUUCCACGUUUCAAAGGUCGGGCAUGCGAUUGGCUCUAGUGCGGGUGGGGCAAAAACCCUUGUUAAUGUGUUCCGCAACAGAUAUCUGGACAAGAAUGUGAACUCGGACAUGAUGACUGAAUGUACCGUCAAUCAUAUGAGCGCAUGGCUCAAUAUGCUUCUAUUUUCGGCAUCAGGUCCACUAAAACCGACUGUUGGCGCAUGUGCUACCUCAGCCAUCGCGCUAGACCUUGCUGCAGAAUCGAUUAUCCAGGGUAAAGCGGAUGUCAUGAUCGCUGGUGCAGGAGAAGGGUUCACGAACGAUACCUCAUUUGAGUUUGGUUUGAUGAAUGCCACAGCAAGUGCCAGGGAUGAGCUAGUAAAGGGGAGAAUUCCUCAGGAAAUGUCACGGCCCUGCACAUCUACCAGAAGUGGGUUUGUUGAGAGUCACGGCUCGGGAGUUGCUGUUUUGAUGUCAGCUACCGCGGCGCUUAAAAUUGGAGCGCCUAUUUAUGGAAUUUUAGCAAUGUCCGCCACUGCUACCGACAAGUCGACCCGUAAUUAUAGCGCCCCGGGCCAAGGGAUACUGUCCAUUGGAAAGGAGAACCCCACCCUAUCGGACCUGCAACUGCUUGACAUCCAUUAUAGGAGGCAGAUGCGUGAUAGGCAACUAGCUGCGCUUGAGCAGCUGGGUAACACUGGCGUAGCGAAAGAUAUAAGACAAGCAGUUAAAACGACAUGGGGUAAUGAUUUCUACAAGAUGUGCAAGUCGACCUCACCCCUUCGUGCUGCGCUAGCGACAUGGGGUCUUGAUGCAGAUGAUAUUGGGCUGGCGUCAUUCCACGGAACAUCGACAAAGUUGAAUGAUGUAAACGAGUCAAACAUUGUGAACAUGCUCAUGAAGCACGUUGGGCGCACGCCUGGUCUUCCGGUUCCAGUAGUUUGUCAGAAGUGGAUUCUUGGUCAUACAAAGGCCCCAGCAACGAGCUGUUCAAUGCAUGGCAUUCUUCAGUCAAUGACAACGGGACUCAUUCCGGGGAAUAGGAAUGCGGAUAAUAUCGAUGACGAGUUGGAACAGCACGAGCACCUUGUAUACCUGAGCAAGACUAUUCGUGCGCCAACUAUCAAGGCCGCGCUGUUCACGUCGUUUGGAUUCAGCCAGUCCAAUGGAGCAGGGCUUAUCGUUCAUCCGGACUACCUAUUCGCAACACUUUCAAAGGAGGAGCUGGUCGAGUACACAGCUAAAGUCGAUGAGCGCAUGAAGAGAUCGACCCGCUACUGGCAGGGAGCACUUCUUGGAAACCACACAUAUUUCCAGGCAAAGGAAGAGCCCCCGUUCUCACAGGAACAGGAGGCAUCUGUGUUCCUGGAUCCUGGUGCAAGGGCUAAACUUGACUCAAAAACCAAGCAGUACACAUUCUGAACAACUC